CUCCCAGUUUCCUCCUGUCCUCUUGCUUGCCCACUCUGACGUACGCACGCUGCACACGACGGUGUGCAACCAGCGAGCGAACAAUCGAGCAGCAUUAGUAAUAGCAGAACAAUCACCAUCACCAAAUAGUUCAGUACUUACAGUAAUAGAAGAGGCUAGUGGUUGUUAACUGCGACGACGACGACGACGGCAACGGUGACGUUUAAAUCCGUGUUGCUAUCGAUGAUCCCUGCUUCAGCGGUGCCUGCUGCUGCUGGGUGACGAUUGUGCAGUGGGUUGUGGGCGCACGACGUCGCGCCAGCCCAAGGCUCAUCGAGUGAUCAGGUAGUGUCAGGUGCGCGGGUGGUGAAGGCCAGACGGAAGCGCCAGCGCUGCUGGCCGUCUUUGUGGGGAAAGUGGGACAGAAAAGCUCGGAGUUGGCUGACACGGAACGAACGGGGAGAGCAACUGCGACAGCAGCAUAGUAUCUUAAAAGAGUGUUUCACUAGCGAAUAACGUCUUCCACGAUGUCGUGCGCAAAUCUCAACGAGGAUCCCAAUGAAGAUAUAGUCGAAGUGACCUCAAAGUACUCGGAGCUGGGCGGAGAUGUACUUGUGGUACGGCUUGAAGCAACAGGCAACGGCGGCACAACCCUUGGCCUGUCGAUUGCGGGCAACAAAAACCGCAACAAGAUGUCGGUCUUCAUCUGCGGCAUCCAUCCGAAUGGGGUGGCUCAACACGAGGGCACCCUACGCAUCGGCGAUGAAAUUCUCGAGGUGAACGGCAGCAUCAUCUUCGGAAGGUCGCAUCUUAACGCGUCGGCAAUCAUUAAAUCCUUCACUGGACCUGCCUAUAAAAUCGCCGUGCUCAGAAGAGAAAACGCGAUUGAUGAUAUGGCAGUGAGACCCUUAACGCAGUACCCUGUGCUUUUUGAUAAUCAAGUGGACUAUUCAUCAUAUAAGGAUAUUAGGAAUAUUGUUGUACGAAAGGGAUCCUGCCGGCUAGGUCUGAUGAUUAUCGAAGGUCGGCACCCUGAUGCAGGUCAGGGAAUCUUUGUUAGCGAUAUCCAGGAGGGAAGCCCAGCUCAUCAGGCAGGACUUGCCAUCGGGGAUAUGAUACUGAGCGUAAAUCAGCAUGAUCUCGUCGGAGCCGACUACGAACGGGCCGUACAGAUACUCAAAUCAAAUGAAGGUACAGUCCAGUUCACGAUAGCGAAACCGUCACGUGAUCCAGUUAAUCUAAGUGUGAUCAAGCGUAAGGCAUCGUCCUUCGAGGGGGGACCUCAGGGCCAGCAACCGCCUUACGGUAAACAGGCCACAACCCGAAAAUCAAUGGGACCCUUUAGCAGAAAGAGUGCAUCACCCACGGCAGAAAUACCUCACUCACCUUCAAUGCAGUCGCAGCUGGCGUACACACCUCUAUCACGCUCGUCGUGCAAUGCACCUCGAUCAACGGUAAGCGAAAGCAUCGUAGCUGGCGAGGAAACUAUUAUUGAAAUCGCCAGAGACAAGAUUGGGCUUGGCCUGAGCGUUGUGGGUGGAGCUGAUACGCCACUGGGGGCCAUAGUCGUACACGAGAUCCUUGAGCAUGGAGCUGCUCAUCAGGACGGAAGACUGCGGGUAGGCGACCAGAUUGUCGAACUAAACGGUAUUGAUCUAUCGACGGCAUCACACGAGCAGGCAAUUAACGCAUUGCGGCAAGUUAGCUCGCCCGUCCGAAUGGUUGUCUACAGGGAUACGGAACACAAUCUCAACACUAGCAAUGAAACGUUCGACGUUGCGAUUACCAAGAAGCCUGGAAGGGGCUUAGGAGUUUGCAUUGUUUCGCGGCAUGACCCCCCUGGAGGAGUUUUCAUUUCAGAGGUCGUAGCAGGUGGAGCUGUUGAGCAGGAUGGUCGCCUGUUUCAGGGAGAUGAAAUCCUUGAAAUUAAUGGGCAGGACGUUAAGGAUGCGUCACCGGAAUACGCAGCCGCUCUCCUCAAGUGAUCAAUAUCGCCGAAACGGCACGGCGAGGGGUCGGGGGUUGGCGGCCGUUUCGCGGCUCCCACUGUGGCGCGCUGAUAAUGCAAACGGCUAUUUCGAUCAACAUGUUUAGGGCUCCUCGUUGCCUAACCAAACCUAGAAAUAGGAAAGGUUGAACGUACCCGCGUAGACUUAUACUAGCUGGUCGUUAAAUAGAACGCACUGUAGAAUAUCUAUAUGAAACAAUGGACAUAGAGAUGGAAAUCGAUUGCUACAUACCAUUAUCAAUAUUAUUAUUAUGAAUUACUUAUAUAAUGCCGACGGUAUAUUUACACCAGGUAAUUAAUGUAUAUAUAUAUAUAUAUAUAUAUAUAUAUAUAAGUUGGAACAGAAAAGUGAGUGAGUAACUUAAUAUUAGACAAAUCUUUCAAUAAAUAUUAUGUAUACUACAAGAUGUUUGUUAUUUUUAUAAAUAAAAUUAUUAAAUACUACAGUAAUACACGCUGUGUGCAUAGGGCGCCUAUAGUUUUUAGUCAGUCAGGUAUAGAAAAG